AUGGAAACGUCACACAAUAGGUUGAGAAUCGGGGCAGAUGAACUGCGGCUACAGAUUGAAAUGGAUCAGUCCAAAUUCUACGACACAUCUCAGAGUGUGGCCGAUAUUGAUCUGUUUCAGAUGGUGGUGGAUGGGCCUUUGGGUGAACACUAUCUCAGCACGCAGUUCAUCUUGCGACAAUUCCUGGCUGAGACGGGUCAGGGAGAACGCAUCAAUGGAGCGGCAGUUACCAAUCCCUCGGGCCUUGAACAGGUAGAUAUACAAGUCGUCUACGAUCUGAUUGGGGGCUAUAAAUAG